CGACGGACGGCAUCUCUCCUGCGGUUGCUGCCCCCGUUGCCCCCUUGUUUUUCGCCCCCUCCCUCUCGUGGUCCGCACUGGCGUGCUUACAGCCGGCACCGCGGCGUCACCUCCCGGCCCCUUUGUGGGGCCGCGGGGCCACCCCUGCGAGACGAUGGGGCGCAGUGUUCGGCGUGUCAGGCGGCAGUCGUCAUCGUCGUGGUCGUCACCGCACAGCAGUAAUUAGCAGUGGCAGUUCAAGCCGCGGUCCGCGCUUCGGUAGCCGAAGUUGUGCAGAGCCAUGGCCGUCUCCAUGAAGCUGCGUGUGCAGCUGUCGGAGCAGACGGCCGAGUGGUUUAAGUACCAGGGCAUCGACAUCAAUUGGGACAACAAGGAGUUGCUCACCGUCACAUGUCAGGAGUCCCCUCUGACCAUUGAGGAGGUGAGCAGCUGGAUCGAGGCGCGGGUCGAGAACAUGUAUGAUUACCAGACAGGCGGCAAGGACCGACAGGGCGCAGAUCCAGACCCGCUCGAUCAAGAAACCCAUGGUGCCCGAGGCGCUCGCCUGGGGCGACCACGCCAGCCAACACCUCAAGGAGAUGGCGACACGAUCAUCGUGGACUGCAUGGCCAUCACGGACUCGAUGGCCCGGAGAAUGCGGGCCCAGCGCCCUCAAUACACCGAGGAGGACCUUGAGGAGAUCAGGAAGAAGCUGCGGUUUGACCUGAACGACAGGGUGCUUUGCUUCUGCGGCCCCCGGUGGCUCUCUGGCCACGUCGUCGGCUCCGCUGUGCCCGACGAUGACACUCUUCUCCCUUAUCUGGUCAAGACGGACCCAGUCCCUGGGCUGCCCAGCAAGACGAUAUCGGUGCCAAGCGACCGUGACGAGGUCUGCACUCAAGAGGUCUGCUUCGAUCCCGAGUCGGAGCUUCACCUGGUGAAGUCAGCCGCCACGCUUCUAGCGGGCUCACAGAGGCCGAAACUGCGGUUCGCUGCUGGUGAUAAAGUGGCUUGUCGAUUGAAGAACGACCCCAAGGAUGGUCUUGAGACUUGGGUUGCCGGAGUGGUUUCGUCCAUCUGGCCAGAACUUCCUGGGGAGCGGAAGUGGCAGAUCGAAAACAUAUCUGGAGAGUUUCCGAGCGUCGUGGCCUAUAAGGUAGAUUUCAGCACUGGCGGCUGGGUUUACUGCCACAGGGAUCACCAUGCAUUGAUCCGUAGAGAUGGCAUGCAGCCGCAGACGAGGGUUAAGGGUAUCAGCAAGCGAAUGGAGGUGAGAAAGGCCAAUGAUGGCAGCAGGGAGCAAGUCGACCACCAGACUGAGCGCCGCAAGCGAAUGCUAGAGAGCGAUUCCGAUGGAGAUUCUGAUGUAGACCCACAGAGGAAGAGGUAAGCGAGUAAGUAUGUAAUUUUGUUCAUUUUUGUUGUCCUCAGUGUGUUCAAGUAUUCAUCGUGCACGCAUAUACAGAUUUCCGGGUCGGCGGAUGUGUUUCGGCCGUCGUGGCGUUCCCACGUUGCGAAGAGUAGCCGAGUUAUAUUUGUUCGCCCCUGGCCGCAUUGCCUCGUGAUGCGUAUAGUUGUUUUCGAACCAUCCUGUGGUGUUGGGCCUCGUUUUGCAGAGACAGCGACCCGCAUCCCUCCCUCCCGCCUCCUGCUGUUUCUCCCUCCUCCCAUCCUUGCCUCUGCCCUCCGCACCAGUCAACCUUUUCGUUGCCCGUGGGCGCGAUAGCUCGCAUGGGGGCCACGGCGGCGCGGUGCGCACACACAGUGCACUGCGGAAAGUUUUUGUUUUUUUGUUUUUCUUCCCGUCGUUUGGUAUGACCAAGAAGCGCCCCAUAAGAAGGGGGCUGGUUCAUACACUCGGCGGGCGGGCGCAAGGGAGAGGUGGAACCGCAUGAAGUCACACUAAUUCUUAUAUCACAUGCUUGCAAGAUGGACUGAGCGGACUCGUGCUUUUGUUCCCCUCUGCGGCGCUGCCUCGUGGCGGGCAAAGUAGCUCGUGCUCCUUCCUCGCUUUCCGCCUCUCCCUCCUCCUGUGGUUGACGUCCUCCUGUUCCCUCGUCCAUUCUUCAAUUUAGUGCAAUUCAGGGUCAGUGAGUGGAAUUGUCUAAUCUAAUUCAGUGCCAGUUCGAGCAAUGUAGGACAAUCCAGUGCCAUUUAGUACCAUUUAUUGUUAUUCAGUGCUGUUUAGUAUCACUUAGUGCUAUUUCGUGCCAUUUAUUACCAUUGAGCACCAUUUCAGUGCAGGAGAAUUCUGAGAACUCGGACCUGCACCAAGUCCUACU